AUGAUGUAGAUCAGACGAAAGGAAGUCAAAAAUUUGACUCUUUAAAAGAUACGGCGAAAAUAAAAGAUAGAAAUAUAAAUAAAUAGAUAGACUUAAUGAAAAAUACCGAAAACUUAGCAUUUAGACCCUUCUCUAGCGAAUUAUGCGCGUUUACUAUUUAGCAUAUUCCUUGAUGUUUUGCAAAGUACAAAUUUGUGAAAUCUUAUAUAUCAGAAAAUAAAGUUCAAAUUUUAAAGAUAUAAAUAUGCCAGACGCAAUUCAUGAACAAAUUAUGAGUUUGCCUCUGCAAACAACUCAUCAACCAACUAUUGUGUCCAGAAUGCCACCAUUUGCACCUCAACCAGAUUAUAUAAGACCAUCCGAAAGUAUUUGUGGAACAAGUGCUGGUCGAAGUACAAGUACAGUCAUGUCCUCAACAGAUUGUGACAUUCAUGAAGUUUGUUAUUACUUUCAAAAAAUUUUAUUUAUUACUGCAAUUCUCACAGGAACAGCAUUGGUUGUAGCAGGAUCAAUAAUGCAUGCACAAAAUGGAGAAUUGCUAGUGUUUGUAUAUAUUGGUGUUCUUUUAAUAGCAGUGAAUUCUUUAUUAUUAUUAACACUUCAUUAUGUUAGGAAAAAGAAAAAACAUAGAUCAAGAAUGUCACGUCCAAUUCACUACAAUCCAGUUUCAACAACUAUUCCACCACUUCAUGUGGCAACUGCUGCUGAUGUUUCACAAAAUGUUAUUCAGCAUAGUAAUCAACAAGUAUGCACAGAUUGUCAUACUGUUCAGUCACCAACAGAAUCUCAAGCUAAAUCACAAUUGACUGUACACAGUUCUGUACAUAGUCACCAUCAUAGACAGUCUAGACAUAGAGCAAAUAGAUCAUUACCAUCUGCAAGAAACUGCCAACAACAUCCAACAAUUUCUCAAUUUUCUGCUGUGAGAAAUGAAAGAAUUCAAGAUUUAUCAGAUCUUCCUCCUAGUUAUGACGAAUUAAUACGAUAUGGUCAUUUGCCUCAAGCUAAUACAACAGUACAUCUUAUUUGAAGAAUAUUAGAUAAUUCUUGAAAGUACAGGAUAGAAUUCAAGAAAUUUUGUUAUGAGUUCAUAAUGAAUUGUAUAACUGAAAUUCAAUGACGAUCUGAAUGUAUGAAAAUUUUCAUUGUAAGAAAGUUAUAUCAUCUUUUUUCAUAUCAAAUGUUUUAAAUUCAUUUAUGUCUUUAAUGUUAUACAUAUGAAAUUUUUAAAUAAUAAUCUUUAAAAGAUUAAAAUCUCAAUUUAGUGAAUUGUUUUUCAAUAAUGUUUUUUACAAAAAUUUAAUAAAAAAAAUAUAGUUAGUUAAUUAUUGAAUUUAAUAAUUCAAAAAAAAUAUAGAUCGAAGAAUAAGGAUUCUCAGGGAUGCUAAGAGAGUCAAAACACUUUUUAUUUAAAAUGUUUAACAUUAAAAUGUCUUUUAUAACUUAAUUCUUAUCUUUAAU